UAUCUGUCAUGGAACUGUCGUGAUUCGAAUUGCGCCUGUAAAACGGCGAAAACAACUAGAAUGGAAGAAAUAGCACAAUUAGUUACCGGAGUGUUUAAAGAAAUCCAGGAAACGGUGUUUCCCGACGGGGAGGACUCGGAAGAGGAGGGUGAUACAGACAUACAGUGGGUGGGGUACAGCGAUGUGAAAGAUCUGGCCGGCAGUCUGCAGUUGGUGCCACCAUGCAAACCCAAGAGAGUCAAGGGAGAGAUGAUUGAUUUACAAACACAAAAUCGGACGCUAGUAGCCGGAACCUUUCACCUGAAAGACCCCUGGUGGCAGACGGUGAUCCUGCGUACAAAGAAGAACAAGGACAAAUCCCUUGAGGCGAAGGACUGGAACGCUCUGUGUUACAAGUUGAGAGACGACCCACACAGACUGGCCGAGCGCCAUGCUGACAUGCUGCUGACAAAAAUAGCCAGCUCGUAUGAAGGCAAGCAUGCCACUGAGGCGUCUUGGUUGACGCCACUCAAAAAUGAAUUCUACGAGUAUUUAAGUGUCAGAGGACUGCAGGACCAGCUGAGUCUGGACAACCUAGAGACACACGUGACUGAGUUUGCUGAACAUCUGAACACCCAGGGGGGUGGGGGAGGGGGCCAGAAGGGUGGGGGAGGGGGCGAGGGGGAGCCAAAGGGUGGAAACAGCACACCACAGGAUGGCCACCAGGGUGACCUCUUCAAAGAUGCUAUCCUGUUGUCUGAGGAGUACAACCAGAUCAGUGUGGCGAGGGCGUUCCCCCAGUUGAUGCGGUACCUGCCCCAGGUCCUGCCCGGCUACUUCCUCAAGAUCCUUACCGUCAGCAGACAACACCUCGAGCAGCUCCAUACUCUCAUUGAUGAGCAGCCGGGAUUCCUUGCAUUCAAAGAUCUGCUGAAGAAGCACUGUGGACUGCUGGGUAUGGAGACGUCGAGUGAGGCGCUGACCCGGUGUGGUCUCCUGGGGCGAGUCUCUGAGGACGUAUGCGGGGCAGUGUACAUGUAUGAGUACCUCAAGAGGGAAACCAAGGAGAACGGACACACCGGCGUCCUGUACGAUAGGGUCAUGGAUACCCUCAGUCCUACAGUGAGCACCCUAGAGCAGUCCCUAGACUUCCUGAAUGGGCACAAGAUCACCAAGACGAUCGUGGAGGGCGGUCACAGGCUCGUGUACCUAACCUCCCUCUGGCAGGCUGAGAACAAGAUAGCCAAGGGUGUGGCUAAACUCAUCAAGAACCACGGGGAGCAACCCUGGGACCUGGAGGUAGACCUUGAUAGUGAGGGGUUUGAUGGUAUCCGUGGCGACCCAGACCAGCUGCAGGCUGCCAGACUCAUUUCCACGCAGCCUGUCGUGGCCAUAUCAGGCAAGGGAGGAUGUGGCAAGACCUACGUAGUCACCAAGGUCAUCACUACCGCCAAGGCUCAGAGGGAGGAGCGGUGGACGCAGGAGAAGGGAGAUCACAUGGCAGACUGGCUACGGGACAAGCAGGACAGAAGGGAUCACCUGGAAUCCAUGCUAGAACAGACGGGCAGCGAGCAGGAACGGACACAGACCCUACGUCAGAUAGAGGCACUUGACUCUGAGCGUGAGCCCCCCUGCCCAGACCUGGUGGAGCUGCUCCUGACAGCGCCUACGGGCAAGGCUGCCAACCUUCUUGGCAAGCGAGCGGGACUCCCCUCCUACACCCUGCACCAGGUCAUUUACAGCUUCCGGAACAACCCUCCACAUCAGGAUUGGAAGCACAAGGACGUCAAUGUGUUGGUUGUGGAUGAGUGCAGCCUGGUGGCAGUGUCAACAUUUGCCUUCCUCAUAGAGCUGCUAAUGAAGCACGCGAAGCUGCGCAGGCUUGUGUUGCUAGGAGACGUGAGACAGCUGCCCUCCAUAGAGCCGGGCAACUUCCUCCUGGAUACGUUCUCAUCCCUGAACAGGAUUGGUUGCUCUGUUGAGCUGCGGACCAAUCACCGGGCAGAGUCCCAGCUGAUCGUGGACAACGCCACGCUGAUCUCAAAGAAGCAGCAGCCCUCGUUCCAUCGAGAGAAGUUCAUGUUCCGAAGAUUGCCAGAGGGAAACCCUACCAAGAGUGGCGAUGACUACCUGUCACAAGACAUUAUCAUGGAGGUACAGCAGAUGCUGAGUCACUCUGACCUACAGGACCACUCUACCUCACAGUUCAUCAGCUUCACAAGGAUGGUGUGUGAGGCAAUCAAUGACGUCUGCUGCUCCAAGUACAGCGGUCACCGUAUCCGUGACGACAAGAAGAAGUACAUGUUUCAGAGAGGGGACAAGAUCUGCUGCACCAAGAACGGUUAUGUGAACAAGUAUGAGGACACACGACAAGGCAUGACCUCUAGAAGUCAGGACAAGGCCAGUGUUGAUGGUGUUGUCCCUGAUGGGGGUGUGGAGAGGGCAGUAAGGUCAGGGGAGGGGUCAGACAUCUCCCUGAUUGAAGGCAGCACCAUGGGGACGCAGGCUGGGUCACACGGCAUGCAGGGGUCACAGGGCAAGGGUGCCAGCAAGGACGAGAAGAUCAGGCUCUGCAAUGGCGAAAUAUUCUACAUACUGGACGAGAAGACAGAGGUGGAUCCCCGCGGCAAGGCCUCGACGUAUUUCCAGCUGUCAGACAAAGAUAAGGACCAGGAAUUUGUGUUCUGGGCAGACCGUCUUCAGCUGAGGAAGCAGUGUAAGAUACGACACGCCUGGGCCAGAACCAUACACACAUUUCAGGGCUCAGAGACGGACCAUGUGGUGUACAUCGUGGGCAGUCGUACCUGGAGACAGAACUGGCAGCAUGUGUACACCGCAGUCACGCGGGGACGCAAGUCUGUGUUCAUCGUGGGGCAGGACUCAACCCUUCACAACGCUAUCAAGAGGCCUGAAAUCAAGCGACAGACCAGCCUAAAAAAACAGCUUGUGGAAAAGUUUCAGAAAAACAAGGACAUUUUAGUGCAGAUGGCAGCCUCUCCAGGCAGGCUGACACAAUCUCAGUCAAAGUCAUGUGACCAACAAUGCCAGCCAAUGAAAAUGAACCUUAUGGAUGACUCAUCACUUAACAAUACCCAAUUGGUUACAGAUGUGCUGACGUCGUUGGCCUGUGCCCAUGAUGAGUUUCCGGAUAUAGAGGAGUACGAUUCUGAUGAGACAGGGCAGCAAAAGGGGUUCACAGCCAUCAAGGCUCCAACCCUGCCACAGCCAUAUGGGUCAGGGGCAGGGCAGGAUACCAGGGGAGCCAAACAAGGCACAGUCCUACGCUGGGUAACAAGGAAUUUGAAUCUAGAAAAAGAAGAUGCAGGGACAGGGAUCAUUGGCUUUAAAAGCAAAGGUGAUGUCGCGGGUGUUCAUUUGGAUUCUGAAAAUACCACCGAUGGGUCUGAUGUUGAAAAUGACCCUGACUUGAGUGACUUGCAGAGUAUUCUCUCAACACCAGCGGCUCAAGUAAAAUUAAAAUCUAAAGUACUCACACAAGCAAAACAUGGUCAGAUUUCAAGUGAUGUCAACAUAGUUGACAGGGGCAUUGUUUCUACUUAUCAAUGCACGGCAGAGAUUCAUGAUAAGAAAGCAGAGGACUCUGCUGAUGAUUCUGGAGACUCGGACAGUUUGAUAUCACCCUUGGGGCAGAAAAAUGCAACAAUAACACGUGGGUGCCUAUUGUCCCAGAGAAUAAAUACGAAGCUGAGAUCUGGGGACUCGAAAACUACACAGAGAAAAUCAUGUAAUAUCUCAGACAACACUGCCAUCAACGAUACUAAUCCUUUGAAUGAAAACACCAUAAACAAUCAGCACAAGUCCAAUGCCACAAACUAGCGGAGAUACUUCUAAAAACUCAAAGUCAGAAAUGAUUAGAGUUGAAAUGCAGGAUUUUAGGAAAUUUACACCUUUAACAACACAGUCAUCAUCUGUCAAAUACUAUCACUAAAAAGACGAGUUCUCCAUUCCCUGACAAUGAUCAGUCAGGUUUCCAUUUUCACAUUCAUACAGGCCUUUCUCCGCUAUCCCCGAGCUACAAUGACUCAUUCUGUGGUCUCCAUGACAGCAGUGUAAGCCACAUUCAGUCACCGCCUUGAAUGUAUUGGACAGGGAUGAGGGACAGGGACCCCAAUCUUCGGACUCGAUGCUCUCACAGUGGUCAGGAAAUAGACGAACAUGAAUACCUAAGAAUCACUGAUGAAAGCAUUACCAACCAUGGCCCUAUCUCAGAGUGGACAACACCUGCCAGUGCUUGUGUUAAAAAGUCUUCAAACUUCCUUCUUACUAAUCUCAAGUCAGAAAAACGGAAUUCAAACGUGUCCAAUACAAGCCAGUGGUCGGAAAUGGAUGAUGAUAACUACAUUGCUUUAGACCUGGCCGACAUUGAAAGAAUGAAGAAUAAGGCCUCCAACUGCACUGCAGCAGAUUCCAUUGAUACCGCAAAUUAUGAAAACAAUCGUGCAUAUAGUUCACCCCAGUACAGAAGUACGGUUUCCAGCGUGGGUAGUACCCCAUCCACUUCCUCCAGCACAGGAGCCGACAACUCAUCAGGGGGCAUUUCCAGGUCAGCUGGGUCCAGUCCUCAGAAACGGAAAUCUUCCCAAGAACAUGGCGGGCUGGGUGGUGGGCAAAUCACCCCAGUCAAACGCUUGAUAAAAUCUCUUAGUGUAAAGGAUGAAUAAAAUAAAGUUUAAGGCUACAUACUUCUAUUUUGUUGAUGUGUUCAGCUUAAUACAUCUAUAUUGUUGAUGUGUUUGGCUACAUACUACUAUUUUGUUUAUGUGUUUGGCUACAUAUAACUAUUUUAUAUAUGUGUUUGGCUACAUACAACUAUUUUGUUGAUGAUGUUUUAGGAGAAAUGUAGAUUGAUUCAAGUAAACCUUGUGAAAUCUUUAUUGAACAUGAAAUGAAUCUGAUAAUUAGUUAUGGUUAUACGCAACUACAGUAUUUUGUUUGUUGACCUUAAGAGCACUUGUUUAAAUGGUGUUCAUAGGCACAAGUUAUCCUGGUGAAAUAUUCCUUUUAUACACUCCGGAUACAAAAAUAUUGACAUCAAUCCUCAGUUCAGGUUGCAUUCAACUAUUUUCUUGCUGAGGUUUCUGUUGGUGAGAAGUAUGUUAUCACAUAUUUUAACAUAAUAUCUGCAGUUAUAUUCUUAUGAUUAUUUGAGUUAAAUAUGGAUGUCUUCGUGCCAAAGUAUGAACAAAACAACCAUAUAUUUAAUUGUUUUCAAAGGUGCUGCUAUAUAUUUGAAAAAUUACAGUAUUUUGUAUGAAUGUGUGUUCAAUCUCAGUUUGCAUCUGUGUUCAAUUUGUUUUGUUAUCAUAAAUUGUGUUGCAUGUGAAUAUUUUUAUUUGAAGAUAUCUUAUUUUUAAAUGAAUCUAUUUUGUUGUUAUAUCCCAUGCACAUUGUAUACUUCAUGUAGUAUAUUGAAACGUUAUAAUGUUCAUUGUCUUUAUCUCCGGUGGUAUUUAUUUCAGUCAGGAUUUGUUGAUUGAAGUUAGCUUAUUACCUUUAAAAUAACAAAAAAGGUAUAUAAUAAAUGGAAGAUUGUAAUA